AUGGAUCACAAUAUUACAAUGGCUGCACUUCAAUGGUUCAUCCAAAGAAAGAGACAAAACGAUGCUUUGUUUGAUUUAUUGUUGGAGCUUGAUGAAGAAGAGGAUACCAAUGUCUCCAAGAAGCGACAACGUAAAAGAAACAAGGAGAACUUUCGUCAUCUCGGAGAAGAGAGUCUUCAACGACAUUACUUUCGCGAAGAUCCCGUCGAAGAUGAAGCUACAUUUCGACGCAGAUUCAGAAUGAGUCGUAGAUUGUACGAAAGAGUCAAGGAGUGUGAUGUUUGGGUUGUGAAUGAAGAUAUAAUAGAAGAUAGAAAGAAAACAAAGAAAUACAGUGAGACUGUUCAGUACUUCUUUAUUACAAAAUAA